AUGUCUGGACAGACCCCCGUCUCCAUCACGAUCGAGCCUGACCGGCUCGUUCAGACAGCCGCUGCUCGUAUUUUCCAUCCUCAGACGNGGACCCGUCUCUGCAGGUGGAGCAUUUUCAGACAGACGCAGCAUAAACUGACUAACGUCUGCCAGGUGGACCCCACUUUUAACCACGAGCUGAAAAAGUGUGUGAACGAGGCUGACUCAGCCGAGGAAUUCGAAUCGUGCUGGGAGAGUCUUCUUGCUCGGUACUACCUGAUGGAGAAUGAGUGGUUUCGAUCGUUGUACAGUGUUCGGGACCAGUGGGUCCCGGUUUAUCUGAGGGACUCGUUUUUUGGAGACCUAUUUGCAGUGGACCGUGACGAGAGUUUUUUCCUCGACGAGUUCUCGGGUACAUCGGCAGCCACCACCGUGCAGUCGUGGAUCAGAGAAUACGAGAAGGCCGUCGCCAGCUGGCAGGAAAAGGAGUUGAGGGACGAUUUUGACACUCUCCAUACUAAUCCUAUUUUGAAAACUCCAUCGCCUAUGGAAAAGCAAGCUGCCGGUCUUUACACCCGGAGGAUAUUCGUCAAAUUUCAAGACGAAUUAGUCGAGACCCUUGCGAAUCCCGCACGAAUGCUCGAUGAAUCUGGCGGCGUGAUAACGUAUCGUGUGGCGAAAUUUGGAGAAGAGCUCAAAGCUCACACUGUUAGGUUCUGUGAUGGGAAAGCCGCUUGUAGUUGCCGGAUGUUUGAAUUUUCGGGUAUUAUUUGCAGGCACGUGCUCUCGGUUUUUCGGGCGAAGAACGUGCUCAUGCUUCCUCAUGAGUAUGUCCUGAGACGUUGGACGAGGAAUGCGAAGGCGAGCGCAGGGGAUUGUGGGCCCGGGUCUGGGGCUUUUGGGUUGACCGGAAAUUGUCGAGAGUCUCAGGUGGUGAGGGCUAGUAAUUUGCGUCGGGAGGCAAUGAAGUAUGUCGAGGAAGGUGCCAAGUCCAUUCGUGUUUACAAUGUAGCUAUGAAUGCACUCCAAGAGGCUUCGAAAAAAGUUGCUUCUGUAAAGAGCAAAUAUGCUGGAACUUUGAAAGGGACGAGCGAGGCAAAUGGAGGAAAUCACAAAAUGCAUGCAACCGAAAACGAGUCGUCAUCUUAUUUACCGAAGGAAGAGAAGGAGAAGAAGAUGCAAGAACUGACUGCCGAUCUUCAGCAAACGAAUCAGAGGUGCGAAGUGUAUCGCACGAUUCUACUGGCACUCUUCCGAGACGUGGAGGAUGAGAAGCUGAAGCUUUCGGUUAAGGUCCAAAAUGCACGGCUCUCCUUAAAAGAGUGA